CUCCAGACAGCGCUUCCUUCCAGGACAGACGCCAGACAGCCCGGGGACAGCCCAGCCGGGCCCAGACAUGCUGCUGCUGCUGCUGCUGCUGCUGCUGCCGCCGCUGCGGGCAAGGUCCCGGCAAAAGGGUCCAGAGUACCAGCUGCAGGCGCAGGACUCGGUGACGGUGCAGGCGGGUCUGUGCGUGCAGGUGCCCUGCGAGGUGUCCUCCCCCCAGGAGGGCUGGAACGACUCGACCCCAGCGUACGGCUACUGGUACAAGAAAAGGGAUGCUGUCAGAGGCGAUGUCCUCGUGGCCACAAACAAGCAAACCACGAAAACAGCGAGGAAGGCGAAACCUUCUCCAUUCUACCUCUCCGGGGACCCGGGGAACGGCAACUGCUCCCUGAGCAUCUCAGGGGCGGGGCCCGGACACAGUGGAAAAUAUUACUUCCACCUGGAGAGGGGCCGUGCGAACCACACCUACGGGGACAAACUGCUCACCGUGACCGUGACAGCGCUGACCCAGACCCCGGACAUCCAGGUCAAGACGCCCCUGGAGGCCGGCCGCCUGAGCCACCUGGUGUGCUCCCUGCCUGGGGUCUGCGCCUGGCUGCAGCCCGGCGCCGUCUCCUGGAGCGGGGCGGUCUUCAGAUCCCGGGCGCUGGGCCCAUCGGCCUUUAAGUUCUCUGAGAUCAUGGUCAAGCCCCGCCCGCAGGACCACGGCACCAACCUCACCUGCCGGGUCACCUUCCCCGGGGUUAACGUGAGCAGCGUGAGGACCAUCACGCUCAACGUGUCCUAUGCCCCGCAGAGCCUGGCCAUCAGUGCCUCCCGAGGAAGCCACACAGAGCUGGAACGCGUGGGGAACGGCUCGGCUCUCCCAGUCCGGGAAGGGGACUCGCUCCGCCUGCUCUGUGUCGCGAACAGCAACCCUCCUGCCACGCUGAGCUGGGCCCAGGGCGGCCGGCCCCUGGGCCCCUCACAGCCCCGCCAGCCCGGGGUCCUGGAGCUGCCCCGGGUGGAGGCGGGGCACGAAGGCAAAUUCACCUGCCAAGCUCAGCACCCGCGGGGCUCCCUGCGCGCCUCCCUGCGUCUCCGUGUGCAGAGCCCCCCGCAGCUGCUGGGACCCUCCUGCUCCUGGGAGGACCAGGCUCUGCACUGCAGCUGCUCCGCCAGGGCCCUGCCAGCCCCCUCCCUGCGCUGGCGGCUGGGGGCGGGGCUGCUGGCGGGGAACCAUGGCAACGGUUCCCACGCUGUCACCUCCAGCUCAGCGGGGCCCUGGACCAACAGCUCCCUGAGCCUCCGUGAGGGGCUCAGCCCUGACCUCAGGCUCAGCUGCGAGGCCCGGAAUGAGCACGGGGCCCAGAGCGCCUGGGUCCUGCUGCUGCCAGGCCGGGGCCUGCUGGGGGCAGAGGCCACGGAGACGGGCAUGGGGGAGCCCGCGCUCAGGGAGGCCUUCGUCCUGGGGGCUGUCACGGGAGCUGGGGUCACUGGGCUGCUCAGCGUCUGCCUCAUGGUCUUCAUGCUGCUCAGGGGCCCCCGCCUCCCCCUCAGAAUGAAGACCUGCAGGAGGGACGCAUCCCGGGCUGCAGCUGGUGAGAAGGACGCCCCCUCCACGCCGGGUCCCGGCUCCUCGGGUUCAUAACGUCGUUCCCAGAUCAACCCCUGAAAUGCUGAGUGGCCCCGAGGGCAGGGCAGUCUGGGUCCGAGCAGGUUCUUGUCCUGGUUACACCGCUCCAUUCCUGGGCAUCCUUUACAAUGCGCGGUUAGAGAGGAACAUAACCGAC